GUUUUGGAAGACUACCUUGGGUAAAAACAUUUCAAAAAGGGUAGUUUGCAUUUGGAAUAGUUAAUGGAAUAAUAUAUUGUAUUCUUGGGACCCUCUGUUAAUUCUGAAGUAUAACAUAAAAUGAGGACUUAUUUAUUAUUAUUGAUAAGCCAGGAACUGCUAUAAACAUGGAUUCUUGGAAGAAUGUAAAUAACUUAACUAUAAGGACGAUAUCGCCAAGAACUGUAUAUUUUGAAACUACAACACAGAAUACCACUCUGGAUCGCCCUUUAAUCAUAGGAUUGGCAGUUGGUUUACCUGUUUUUGCUCUCCUUGCUGUUGGCACUGUUAUAUUGGUUGUCUAUUUUAGAAAAAGAAAAAGAAAUGCAAACAGAGCAAGUCCAACCAACAAAGAUGACAAAUUAAGAAAGGAAAAUAAAGAUGAGAAAGACCGUUACAUACGUUCUCCAAGGAAACCAGUGAUUGAUGAUGUUUAUGAAUCAACAGAGAUCGAUCAUGCUAAUGAAUCAACACAGGACUAUUACAAUAUCAGCCUGGACACAGAAGAGCAAUAUUAUGAGAACAUCAAUGCACAUAACCAAAAUCCUCACAAACAGCCAACCACUGAAAAUAGAAGGGUGCAGGACUCACCAGAUGAGGGCAUCUAUGAAACACAACUUCCAACACCUGAGGAGAUCCACUCAGCAAGCAUAAGUCAUGCCCAGAUGAAUGAUAAAGAUGAAAUAUAUGUAAACCAUUCAGUUGUAAAAAAGUUUAACAGGCACUAUUGACUCUUCUACCAUAUAGACUGCAUUGCUUUAAUGGAAAUUUUGAAAAAGAUUUAUGGCAAACAUUAUGUUUUUGACCUGGUAUUAUUAAAUUUCAAAGUAUUAUGUGCAUUAAAGUUAGAGAAAGACACAAAAAUCAAGAAAAACAAUAAUUUCUUAAAAUAUGAGUGCACAGUCAGCACAAGUGUUUGAUCAUGAAUGCUUCGCAUUGCUAUGUUUUUUCAUUGCUUUUAAAGCAUAGCAUUUGAAAAGUGGAAAACAGAUAAGGAUCCAGUAUGUCAGUUUUCCUAGUCAAGGUUGCAGCACUAUACAUGGGAGAAAACAAUCUAUGUACUAAACACUGUAUUAGAUUUGUUGAGAUUUAUACCAGAGUUAUGAAUAGCAAUGUAGUCACAUUUGAAAAGUUAAUGUCAAGUCCAGGACUCAUUUGGCACUCUGAUAGAGCACAAGUAUAUGAGUUUUUUUUACCUGUGAGGUGUCUGUUGCAGGUGAUGCCAUGCUAGUGGCUCACAGUACACCUGCUCUCUGCCAUUUGCAUGAAAAAGCGAGUGGUCUAACUUCAAAUAGCCUUUUCUCCUAUAUCUACAUAGCAUCCCCAACAUCCAGUCCUUUAAACCACAUAGCCCUACCAGAACCUAGGACCUAAACCUAAUACUCCCACCCAGUUCUGAACCCAGCUCCUCAGAUCCUUACCCUAAACCUCAACUCCCUUUCCCUAACUCUAAAGACCAUGAUCAUCCUCUAAACCUAAAACUCCAAUCCUCUCCUUAAACAUAAAUUCUAAGAUUGUUCCCCUAAACCUAAACUCCCAUUCCACUCACUAAAUUGAAAAGCCCAACCCUCUGUCUAACCCUAAAUUUUCCAAUUGCUCCCUAAUCCUAAACAAUCCCCUCCUACUCACUGAUCCUAAACCCCUAAUCCUGGUCCCUGUCCAGAGCUGCUUGCCUUAACUCAAGUUCAAGCAUGAGCAGUGCUUACUCCCUUCGCCUGCCUCCCUGAACUUAUAUUUGAGUUUGAGCAUGAGCAGCAGCCAAGCCAAGCUACAAGGUGCUCAAGUCCCUGGCUUCAAGGUAGUGUUUUUUCAAGCAACUGGGACUUGAGUGCCUGUAGUGAGCCCAUCUGUGAUCCACGUUUGAAGCCGCCACUCACUGCAUAGUAGAUAAAGUGAAGGACUUUAAACUCUUAAAGAGGAUAUGUUUUUUUUUUUUUGUUUUUUUAAUUAGGUAGUGCUUGUUCACUUGCUGUAUAUAUAUAUAUAUAUAUAUAUAUAUAUAUAUAUAUAUAUAUAUAUAUAAAAGUAUUAUUUAAGGUUUUCUGGUAGUGUGAUGCAAAAGAAGAAGGCAAUGAAAGCCGAGUCAGUAGCUUAAGAUUUUGUGAAAUGCAAGCCCUCUACAUAUUUUAUUCAUACACUUUACAUUAUAAUUUCACGGGCAUACAAAUAUGCGAGUGCAACUCCAAUUGAUGCUCAUCUCUUCAUUUCACAAGGUCCUGCUAAUUCUCUACAGAGAAAAAGCUAUGACCUGUGAUUUAUUUUAGCUGGCACCUGCAUGUGAGAUGCUUUGUGCUGGUGCACUAAGAGAUUACCACAAACUUACAUUGGAAAUAUAAGUUAAAACAAAAUAACAGAAAGUCCCAGACUUGGGGAUUUAAAACUCUAAAUUCUCUAAAUUCUUCAGAGCCACAGCAAAUGUAGACACCUAGCUGACAAUCAAAAAAAAAAGUCUGCACCUGUUUUUUUACUCUUACAUUUCUUUCUGUUAUAAUGGUGGUCAUAUGCACAAAUAAGAAUGAGGGCUUAAUAUUUAUGGAAUAAUAUUAGAAUUCAGUAUAUGAAACUGUAUCUAGACAUAUUAGAGAAAAUACAUGAUUUCUGUUCAAACCUGAAUGGAACAGUGCAAGCCAUUAGCCUGGAUUAGUGAAGUUUCUCCUCAUGGCAUACAUGAAGACAGGUGUGCUAUCCCACUUUUGUAAAUUUCCAGAUACUCCCCAGUACCUAACUCUGUUCCUCAUAUUACUAAGAUCCAGUGUGUCAUACAGUCCAGAGGUUGUGCUCUGCUCCACAUAAACUAUUUGCUUUUACUAUUAUUACUUCCUGCCAUGAUCUACUCUAUUAACUCCUUCACUGAUAUGGGUGGGUCACAUUCUCACACAUGGGCAAGGAUAUAGCGUACAAGUAAGGCCUGUUAAAAAAAAUCUGUUUUUAUUAUUUCUCCUAUAAUUAUUGCUUAAUGGUCACUUUAUGUUGGGAAGGAGUCAUAAGGUCAAUGACUGCAGAACCUCUGUCCACUUUGCUCAUCUGUUUCUUGCUGCUAUCUCUCUAUUGUGUUUGUAGCAAUAUGAUGCUGAUAUGAAUAUUUCUAUUCAAUUCAGAGUUAAACUUUGUAUCUUAUUUUGUUAUCCUACCAUGCUUACUGUCAAAACUAAUUUUUCACUAGUAUUCAUUUCAUGUAUACUGAUGCAAAGCAUUUCUGCAACCGUGACAUUUGAAAAUUUGAAAAUAGAGCUUGCUAAAAGUAACGGAGUUUGUAUGCUUUUUAGGGUCCUUUAGAGGUCAUGAGUCCUACCUCUCUUAAUCUUCAAAACUACAACAAAUGGAAGAUAGUUAUUACAGAAAUAUUAGAAAGUUACAUUGUGUGUUUCUUUUGGAAUAGAACAUUUUUCAUGGACUUGAUGAUAAUUGUUUAUCCUUUUAAAAGGGUCAUGCUAAUUAUUUCCACCAGUUGAAGGACCAGGAAAAACUGUAUAUGAUGAUUUUGGAAGCAUUUGCAGCAUGAGAGCUGACAGCAAACUGCAUGCAAUUUAUUUUCCACUGCUAAGCUUGUGUUCUCAUUAUGAUUCCAUUCUGAGCUCACCAACAAGAAAAUAAGACAAGUGUCUUCAGUAGGAGCAGGUCCAGUUUUUGUCUUCUGUCUUGUAAAUCGACACACAAGACACAUGGCAUCCUAUUUGUAUUGCAUCUAGCCUUAACUGGCUUAGGGUGUGAAACAUUCAAUGAUAUUAUGAAGGGCCUUAAGAGUGCUAUAUAAAAGCACUGUUAGCACAGCAGUGUCAGCAGCAAAAGACAGACAUUGCCCUUUAUAGCCUUUUUGCCAUUACUUUGUGCUUCCUCUUUGUAGAUGUUUUAACAUAGGUCCUCAGGGCUCCCUCAUCUCAUUUACUGCGUUUUCCUUAGAAUGCCAAGUUCAAGGGUUGCUUACCCCCACCCCCUUCAUUUGAAUUCUUCUAAGGGGUGGAGCUGUUGCUAGGCUAUUGUUCUUUUUUAAUCUUUUGGUGUCAUGGGGAUUGAACAGAAGCAACAAAGAAAGUUAAAAUAACAAGAUGCAUACCAAUGAGCCCUUGCUCCUGCCAGCUAAUUUCUCACACAUUUAAUAGACGUAUUACCUUAUAACACAUGGUAUAUCACAAAGAAGACAUGACAUUAACGUAAUGCAGUUCUUCCAUUUCCCACGGGAAUGUGGACAUUAAGUAUCUAGAUUAGUAAGAGCACCUAGUUGUUUCUGUCCAUGAGUCAGGAAGGAUGAUUCUUUAACACCUAUGAAACAUACUAAGAAACCACUUGUUUUAUACUUAAAUGUAGCAGCAUUUCAAAGGUAUGAAAUAAUGAAAAGUAAUAAAGAGAAUAGCAGUUGUAUUGGGAGAAAGGGGAUGGAAAGAAAAACAGCAUCUAGUUAAAACCAUUUUGGCCAUUCUUUUUCCUAGCUAAGUAAACAAUGCUUUUUAUUCUAAAUACAUUAUUAUAUAAACCAACAUGAUUCUGAAAGGAAAGCUGCACCCUCUAUUCAAAGUUUUAAUUGAGACCAUAAAAUCCAAAUGUUUGUAACUGUGAACAAGUUAAUAUGGUUUGUUUUCUUUUAUAUAAAUGUAAGUUUGCCAAUGUCACAAGUGAUAAUUUAAUAAAGGUGUUUAAAAAAAGACUUGUAAAUCCAGUAACAUAUAGACUCUAAAUGUUUUUCAUACUCAUGAGCAGACUGAUGUAAAUUUUAAUACAUACUAAGUUAAAAUAAAAUAUGUUAGGGUACUCACUAGUCAUCUAAA